GCCCGAGCCUUUCCGAGGGGAGCCGAACAUUCCCGAACGGAGCCGAGCGGCGCCCGAGCUUCUCCGGGCGGGCCGGGGUCGCUUUCUGCGCUGCGGAGGGUCCCGGUGUCCCGCGGGUACAGGCAGCGCCAGCCGGCGCCAUGAUCGAGGUUCUGGCUCAGCUGAGCCGUGGGCCCGUCUUCCUGGCUGGAGAGAUGCUGGAGUGUGGGAUCGUCUUCACCAACCCGCUGUCCGCCACCUCCACCUCCGCCAGCAGUGAGAUGCUGGCGUGGGCCAGCGCCCAGAUUCACUGCCAGUUUCAUUCCAGCGAGAGCCGGGUGGCGUUGCCUCCCUCGGAUGACAGCAAGCAUGAUGUGCAGGCUGCGAACGAGACAGUGUUUGUCCCCAACAGAGGAGAGCGAGGUCAGUGCAUCCUGUCCACACCUCCAAAGAUUCUCUUUUGUGACUUGCGCCUGGAUCCCGGAGAGUCAAAAUCCUACUCAUACUGCGAGAUGCUGCCUGUGGACGGGCCGCCCUCCUUCCGGGGGCAGUCGGUAAAGUACGUGUACAAGCUGACCAUCGGCUGCCAGCGGGUGCACUCUCCCAUCAAGCUGCUACGCGUGCCCUUCAGGGUGCUGGUGCUGCACGGGCUCAAAGAUUAUCAGUUCCCCCAGGACGAAGUGGUUGCCCCCUCGAACCCCUUCCUGGAGGAGGAGGAGGGGGUGAAGAAAGACUCCCGGCUGGCGGACCUGGCCACAGAGCUGCUGAUGGCAGCCACCUCCCGGCGCAGCCUGCGUAGGCAGGGAGUCGCUGCAGCCCUGGCUCAUCUGCCUGUCUCGGUCUCCACAGACGUGUAUAACAUCAGCAACACCCGGGGCAAGGUGGGCAAGUUCGGGAUCUUUAAGACUGUCUAUAAGAUUGGAGAAGACAUCCUCGGGACCUUUAACUUCUCGGAAGGGGACAUCCCCUGUCUGCAGUACUCGGUGAGCCUGCAGACAGAGGAGAGUAUCCAGGAGGAGUUCCAGCGGCGGCACGGGCAGCCCGUCUCCUACAGCACACAUGCCCGCCACCAGGAAUCCUGUCUGCAUACGGCCAGGAGCAGCUUCAGCCUCCCCGUCCCGCUGAGCUCCACGCCUGGCUUCACCACCAACAUUGUGUCUCUGAAGUGGAGGCUGCACUUUGAGUUCGUGACCUCUCGAGAGUCGGGGGAGGCCCACACGGUCCCUGAGAACCAGUCGGAAACCAUCACCUGGACUGGGGUGGAGCAAAUCGAAGUGGAUACCUUCAGCUGGGACCUGCCCAUCAAAGUCCUGCCGACCAAUCCCGUCCUGGCCUCCUAUGUGUCCCAGUUCUCCAGCACAAACUCCAUCACUAUCUGAGCUGGGGCAGGACCUAGGUGGGAGGCUGGGGCGCCAGUCACACCACCCACUGGGGACAGCAGCUGCCAAGUGGCGGGACACAGGCCCACUCUGAGCCCUGCACCAGGCCCUGUGUCGGCUGUGCGGCCUUGCCUGUGUGAGAGACACCACUCGGUGCCCAGCACUAGCUGGCUUCUUCCUGAGCUGCAUCUCUCUGCAUCGGGAGCCAGGCUCCUGGUCACCGGGGCGUGCACAGGAACCCCAGUGCUCUCUGUCAGGGGCAGCCUGGCUGCUUUCUCCCCAGCGUGGGGCCUCGUGCCCAGCCCAGGGAAGGGAGAAGGUCGCCCUUCCAGUGACUACCUGCGCCAGUCUCCUGGGAAGCCCACGCUCAUUCCCGCUGGGAUCUCCCCCCUCAUCUCCAGCUGACACAUGUCCAGUGCCCCUGCCCCCAGCUGGGAGCGACAACCCUCCAGCCUGUGACUGCCCUGGGACGUGUCCAUCCCACGUGGGAACUGCAGUCCCAUCUGGUAGAGUCAGCCCUGCAGCAGCCCCCUGCCUGGGACAACCGCAGC